AUGGCCAUCGUCAGACCCAAAGUCUCGGAGGACGGCACCUGGCACUUCUUUGAUGGAGCGCUCAAGACCUACUUUGUCUCGUCCGACUCGGAAUCCUUCACUUCGGGCCAGAUCUUUCGCGCCAAAGACCCGCAUUCGGGCGUAGGCAGGAGCAGCACGGCUACACCGCCCUACCACAUCCACCUCUACCAGGCCGAGGUGUUUGACGUCAAGGAAGGCACGCUAUGCUACCUCAUCGAUGGCAAGCAGGGCAAAUUGCAGGCGGGGCAAAAGGUCAACAUCCCACCCUACCGACCCCAUACCUUCUGGUCGGAUCCAGAGAGUGGCAAGGAUCUGCACGUUCACAUCACCGUUCGAGGUGGUCCCAAUCCUGGCUUUGACGAGGACUUUGUGCACAACUUUUACGGUUACCUCAGCUCGCGCACCAUGGCGGGCAAGGCACCCAACCCGUUCCAGAUGCUGCGCUUCUUGGACGAUGCCGAUGUGAUCCUCGUACCGCCUCUUCCGUUGUCGGGUCUGUGGCGUGCGGUGGGUCUGCUGUGGCCCAUCGGCCAGGGCAUCAACAUUCUGUUCGGCCGCAUCAUCGGAGGAUGGAUCUUGGGCUACCCUACGCGCUACAAGCAGUUUGAUGACGAGGUGUCCAAGUGA